AUGCAAGUGUUAGGGUCUGGUCGUGUGGCGCUGGGGCGUUCAGCCUGCGUGCGUCGCGCUGUGCCCAUCGUGCCGUCUUGCGCACGGCCUUGCAUCGAGCGCGUUGCAACGAAUUCGUCAAGGAAUGCUUUAACCAACCAGACAGCCAGGGCGCGCACCGUGCUCCCGCGCCGGUCGGCUCGCGGUGCGGUCAGAGUCCAAGCAUUCCUGAACAAGUUUUUCAAGAGUGACCCAUCGGAGGCUACUCGCAAAAAAUAUCAGGCGCGGGUUGACCAGAUUAACGCUCUGGAGCCGGCGAUGCAGGCGCUGACAGAUGACCAGCUCCGCGCAAAGACCGUGGAGUUCAAGGAACGCGUUCGGAAGGGCGAGAGCUUGGAGAGCAUUUUGCCCGAGGCCUUUGCGGUCGUCCGUGAGGGCAGUCGUCGUGUGCUGGGUCUGCGCCCCUUCGACGUGCAGCUCAUUGGCGGUAUGAUUCUGCACGAAGGGCAGAUUGCGGAGAUGCGGACAGGGGAGGGUAAAACCCUGGUGGCCGUUCUGCCGGCGUACCUGAACGCCCUGACGGGACGCGGUGUGCACGUGGUAACGGUCAACGACUAUUUGGCGCGACGCGACAGUGAGUGGGUCGGCCAGGUGCAUCGUUUCUUGGGCCUGACUGUGGGCCUUAUCCAGGCGGAUUUGAAGCCGGAGGCUCGCAAGGCGGCACACAGCUGCGAUGUGACGUACGUGACGAACAGCGAACUGGGUUUCGACUACUUGAGAGAUAACCUGGCGGCGGCUGCCUCGGAGCUGGUCCUCCGCGAGGACACCCCCUUCAACUACUGCGUCAUCGACGAGGUGGACUCCAUCCUCAUCGACGAGGCGCGGACACCGCUCAUCAUUUCCGGGAUGUCGGACAAGCCCUCCAGCAAGUACUACAAGGCCGCCAAGAUUGCUGACGCACUUAGCCGCAAUGUUCACUACACGGUGGACGAGAAGCAGAAGGCCGUACUGCUGACCGAGGACGGGUACGAGGCGGUGGAAGACGUACUGCAGGUGUCGGACCUGUACGACCCCAGGACGCAGUGGGCAUCGUACAUUAUCAACGCGCUCAAGGCCAAGGAGCUCCAGAUCAAGAACGUCAACUACAUCGUGAAGGGCAGUGAGGUGAUCAUCGUGGACGAGUUCACGGGUCGUACAAUGCCGGGUCGGCGCUGGUCGGACGGGCUCCACCAGGCGGUUGAGGCCAAGGAGGGGUUGGAGAUUCAGAACGAGAACAUCACACUCGCUUCCGUGUCGUACCAGGCGUUCUUCCGGGCUUUCCCCAAGCUGGCAGGCAUGACCGGCACUGCCGCCACCGAGGUCAGCGAGUUCGACUCGAUUUACAAGCUGCCGGUGGCUGUGGUGCCAACCAACCGAACCGUGUCGCGGAAGGAUAACCCAGAUGUCGUAUUCAGGUCCGUCUCUUACAAAUGGAAGGCGGUGGUCCAGGAAAUCCGCAACAUGCACAAGACCGGGCGACCGGUGCUGGUGGGUACGACAAGUGUGGAGAAGAGCGAGAUCCUGUCGGCCAUGCUGCAAGAGAAGGGAAUUGCACACCAGGUUCUGAACGCCAAGCCCGAGAAUGUGGAGCGCGAGAGUGAGAUUGUGGCCCAGUCGGGUCGCAAGGGCGCGGUCACCAUCUCCACCAACAUGGCCGGGAGAGGUACGGACAUCCUGCUGGGGGGUAACGCGGACUACAUGGCGCGACUGAAGCUCAGGGAGAUGCUCAUGCCGGAGGUGAGGGGGGAAAAGGGGGUAAGGGGGGUAAGGUGUGUGUAUGUAUAUGUUCGCACCUGGGCCGCCAACCCGGCGUUGUUCCCCUGCACCCUGAGCGAGCGGACCCAGUCUCUGGCCGAGUCGGCUGUGGCGGCGGCCGUGGCGGCGUGGGGCUGUCGGCAGCUGUCCGAGUUGGAAGCGGAGGACCGGCUCAGCGUGGCGUGUGAGAAAGGCUUCACAGAGGACGUGCAGCUGCUCAAAUUGAGAGACGCGUUCCAAGCCAUGCUUUCCGAGUACAAGGCCGUUACCGAGGUAGAGAAGGCGGAGGUGGUGGCCCUGGGUGGGCUACACGUCAUCGGUACGGAGCGCCACGAAUCCCGUCGUAUCGACAACCAGCUUCGCGGCCGGUCGGGUCGGCAGGGGGACCCGGGCUCCACCCGCUUCUUCCUGUCGCUGGAGGACGCCCUGUUCAGGGUGUUUGGAGGCGACAGAAUCAAGAACCUUAUGGUGGCGUUCCAGGUCGAGGAUCUGCCCAUGGAGAGCACCAUGCUGAGUGACGCUCUGGACACCGCCCAGAAGAGGGUGGAGGCGUACUUCUUCGACAUCCGCAAGAACUUGUUCGAUUACGACCAGGUGGUCAACACUCAGCGAGAUAAGAUCUAUUCGGAGCGGCGUAGGGCCCUCCUGGCCGCCGACCUGGCCCCCCUCAUGCGGGAGUACGCGGAGAAGACGGCGGACGACAUCUUGGAGGCCAAUGUGGACCGCACCAAGGAGCCCUCCGAGUGGCGGUUGGAUGACCUGGCGCGGAAGAUGGUGCAGUACUGCUACCUGCUGGAGGAACUUACGGGCGAGCAGCUCUCUCGAGUGGCAGCGGAGGGCGGGUUUGAGGGCCUCCGUACACACCUGCACCGCCUGUGUGUGGAGGCGUACGACAAGAAGGUGGCCAUGGUGGAGGCCGUACAGCCGGGGCUGAUGUCGGAGGUGCAAAAGUUCUUCGUCCUGAGCCAGACAGACGCCAAGUGGAAGGAGCACCUCCAGGCCAUCAAGUUCCUGCAGCAGGCGGUGGGCCUGCGGGGGUACGCCUCCAAGGACCCCCUCACGGAGUUCAAGCUGGAGGGCUACAACCUGUUUGUGGAUAUGACGGCGCAAAUUCGCAGGAACGUCAUCUACAACGUGUACAUGUUCCAGCCCCAGCGCAUCGUGCCCAUUUCUGAACAACAGCAGCAGCAGCAGCAGCAGCAGCAACAGGCUGCGGCGACAUCGAAGGAGACGGCGGGGGCCCGUGCCUAA